CCCCUUAAUUUCAAAUUUUGAAUUUUGAAUUUUGAAUCCUACUCCUAUAUUAUUAAUAAUUUGCAUGCAAAUUAAUAAAUGCACUGAAUCAAAUGGUCCUCAGUCCUCACCAGUCACCACUCAGGAGUUGAGUCCUCAUUGUCUACAUUGAUAAACCGUUCCAAAUCAAAUACCCGUGAAAACACUAAUCUAACAGUUUUCAGAUCCGGAAUUUCAAACUACAAAACUUUCGCUAAAAUCUUAUUAAGUUUUAAUCUUUGCCUUACCAAAGAGUUCGAGCCAAAUUUGGGGAAGUGUCCCCUUGCAUGAGUAAGGACCAAGAUAAUUUAGGUACAACUUUUUCUCUAAAGCAGUCAAUUGCUUAAUACCAAGAAGAGAAAACAAAGUAAAAUGAUUGUGUAGAAAAUUAACAUAGGCUCUUCCUAUGAAUGAUUGUCUACAGUUAAAACUUUUUCAGUAAAAAGAAACUAGAUCACAGUUAUUAAUUUUCAAAAAAGAAGCUCAUCACUGUUACCAACAUUACUUUUAAGUACAGACAGACAGUGUUUCUGCUGUCAAUGAAUAUUCAUCCCCCACCUGGUGGUUAGCAAAGAGUCCAAGCUCUGUUCUUGGUUUUCUAAACAUUGACAGUAGCAGCUUUACCUUUGCACAAGUAUACAUUGUCCACCCAGAAAAGAGGAAAAUUUCCCAUUUUCUCUAAACUUCUAUGCAGCAUUUUGUGAGUUUUAUAUGAUCUGAGAAGGGUAAUCAAGUUUAAGAUCAAGAACUUGCUGGAGUGAAAGAUCAAGAAGAAAGACAAUGAUUGCUACUAGCAAGGAAGAUGGGAAAUUGAGUGAUAGGAAAAUGGAAGGAGAUGAGGGUAUGAGGACAUUGGAGUGCCUAAGAGGAAGACUACUGGCAGAGAGACAAGCUUCAAGGGUGGCAAAAGAGGAUGCAGAAUCCAUGGCCAAGAAGUUGAUAGAGCUACAGAACAGGCUGAAAGAAGAGACAAAAUUGAAGAACAAAGCUGAAAAGAAGCUCAAAUUCUUGAAGACAAAGCUUGAAUCUUUGAAACCUUCUUCUGUACCAGUUGAAUCAGAACAGUCAAGUUCCUCUGAAUAUAGUGAAACAUCUAGAAGGCAAUCCACAAGUACUUCAAGCUCCAAUUACCCAGAAGACAAUGAGCCCAAGCCCACAGUCAAAGACUCAAACUUCUCAGGAACAUCCAGUCAAAAUCAAGUAGUGAAGUCCCCCACAUCUGAGAAAAGUCAUGAGAGUGAUCUUUUCACUGAAGAAAAUUCAACUGCUCAAAGUACUAGUCCUGCUUCCAGUUCCACUUCUAGCUUAGAAUUUCCUUCCCCAGAAUACUCGGGUCAUAAAUCUGAAGAUUCAAAGAGUGGUGAUCAUAUUAGUUACUCAAACCUAAAGUCUUCAAUGGAAAAGAUUGAGAAUGAGAAUGGGAACUUGGAUUAUGUUGAUAACAAACUUGCAUUAGUUCCUGUGAUUAUGCCUGCUACCUCUCACACCAGUACAACUGACCUGAAGCCAGUCAGUGCAAGUGUUAGAGAAGUUCUUGAUGUUCUAAGGCAUAUCAGAGAAAAUAUUCAAAGCUCAAUGGAGAAAAGGCACAUGACUAGAGUAACUGGCCCAACUGAUCAAACUCAAACAUGCAAAUAGCAAUAAACAAUAAUGUAUUAUAAUCAAAUUCUUUUUAGAUGAUCUCUAGUUAUAGAAUAUGAUACAUUGUAUCCGAAAGAGCAGAGUGUUUGGAUGGAUUAAUAUUUGUGGAUGAGUAAUAAAGUUGCUUGGGCUGUGCACAAUUCAGUCACAGAGAGCAUGUGAACUGUGGGGUUUGUUUUGCAGAUGAUGCUUUUGUUUGGGUCCCAUUUGGCCACAUUCUUUGUUUGCUUUUUUUUUUUUUUUUUCUGCCUUUGUAGCUUACUUCGAGUGUAACUGAAUUUUUAGGAGGUGGUUGGAUAUUAUGGCUUGAUCCCUGUGACCCUCAGAU